CUUCCUACUAGAUGGUUGUGUGUACUGUACGAGCACGCGAUCGUAACUACGACUAGCAUGUGAUGAACUGCAUUUAUAAAUAAGUGAAGUUAAUUUAUAUCUAUGUUACAAGAGUGUUAUAUUUGUCAAUACAAGUUUGCAAUUGAUUGGAGAAUGUGCCUUGACUUCUGACUGAUCGCUUGGCCGGCUCGGGCAUGGCGUACUACCGCUGCGGGCCGACGGCCAUCGGCAGCCGUGCCUCCUGGUCGGUGACGUCGCCCACCGACCAGAACACCUUCGAGCGCCCGCUCAGCGGGAACUUCGACAGAAUCUUCAACGCGUUCGAACGAACCAACGCGUUCGAGUACGUGCGCAGUACUUUUGAGGGUGGGACGGAGGUGGUGGAAGAGCGGGGUGCGGGACGGGCUGAGGCGAUGGUGCGGCGUGUGAGCAGCAGCUAUGAACGCGCCGACUGCGCGCUGGCAGCGCAGACUCCCUCCGCAGCAGAUGAGGACUACUACAGAGAGAAGAUCCUGUACUCGCAGGCGAGGCAGCUCUUCCCGCUGCAGGAGGACCUCGCUGACUGGAUUAAUAAGACUAUCGGCACAACGUACCUGACCGGGGAGAACUUCCUGGAGGCGCUGGACAACGGCGCCGAGCUGUGUCAGCUGGCGGCCGUCAUACAGCAGCGCGCUAGGGAGGCACUCGACCAGGGCCUAGUUGUCGGGCCAGUGCCGCAGCUGCGCGGACGCUGCUGGCAGCGCGCGGCGCGGCGCAGCUUCUUCAGCCGCGACAACGCCGACAACUUCCUCACCUUCUGCCGCGACCUCGGCGUCCAUGAGAACCUGCUCUUCGAGAGCGAUGACCUGGUGCUGCACAACCAGCCACGGCAAGUGGUGCUGUGCCUUUUGGAAGUGGCGCGGUUGGCGACGCGUUACCGGCUGGAACCCCCAGGCCUGGUGCAGCUGGAGCGGGAAAUCGCGCAGGAGGAGCGCGACUCCGGCCUCGACUCUGCCAUGUCCACAGCUGCCUGGCAGUUCCGCGAUCUCACGCCGCCGCCGCACGACGCACAGACCGAGGAGACACGACACAAAGAGACUGAUCAGUGCCGAAGCGAGGCCGAGCCCAGGCCGCCGCCCCGGCACGCGGACUCUCUAGUGCUAGGCACCUUCGUGGCGCUGGUGACGCGGCUGCUGGAGCGCGGCUGCAGCUGCUCCUCGGCGCGCUGCUCGCGCCUGCUCAAGGUGAAGAAGGUUGGCGAGGGCCGCUACAACAUCGCCGGCAGAAACGUCUUCAUCCGGCUGCUGAAGGGGCGGCACAUGAUGGUGCGCGUGGGCGGCGGCUGGGACACGCUGGAGCACUUCCUGUCGCGCCACGAUCCCUGCCAGGUGCGCCUCGUGGCCCCCGCGCACAUGGCCGGCGCCCCGCCCCCGCCCGCUCCCAACAAAAAAGAGAGCUUCGUCUCCUCCACCCCGAACAAGGCACGCCUAAAGUCCGCACUCACGCUGCCCAUCAAGGCGGACCUCCCGCGCGCCCGCAAGCAGUCCGCACCCAGCUUCAGCACCCCCAACACGCCCACCAACCGGUCGACCCGCGCCCCCGGCGAGCUGCGGAAGUCUCUCACUUCGAACACUUUGCUAAAUGCGCCAAAGAAAUCCAGAAGUAUGAGCCUCGGGCAGCAGAAGGACGAGAAGCCGUAUGGGACGGAACGGGUCGGAAAGGCUAAGAGCCGCAGCACGACCGCGACGCCCGCGCCCACGCCGACACUCGGCAGCCGCAAGACGCGCAGUCAGAGCCUCGCCUCCACUCCGGUCAACGAGCCGCGCAGGACCUUCUCCGCGACCAACGGGCACGCCAAGAAGACGCGCAGCAUGAGCCUGGCGACGACGACGGACUUCGGCAAGCCGCUGGUGAAGAGCGUGUCGCUGUCGACGGGCGGCGCGCCCAUGACGCAGGCCGCCAUCGAGGAGAGCAUCCGACUCUCGCUGGCCGCCACGCUCGUCGACGACUCCUGCCCCAAGAGGCCCUUCCUCCACAUCAAAGCCAAAUACAGAAGUCCACCGCCGCGGGAAGUCCCUCCUAGAUAACUUAGGUCCGUUCAUUCCAGUAGUUGUACAAUGUGACGCGAGGCCGGGGCUCCGAGGCGAGCGCUGAGUUCGCGAGCUAAGCAUUAAGUAGAUCUCCUAAGUAAUCUCAUUUGUUUAACCACGUAGUUAUAAGUGGCAAAUCACAUUUAUUAACUCGAAGGAAUCCUAGUCAUAAUGAGUUUCUUUAAAAUAUAUUGUAUCUAUUAUUAUUUGUAAUUUAAUCGUCAUUACA